AUGGCCCAACUCUGCUUGCACGUUCUCCUUUUAACGCUCUCAAGUUUCCUUCUAUCAGGAGUAUAUUCAGCGGCGACAUUUACAAUAGUAAACAAGUGUGAGUUCACAGUAUGGCCAGGCAUUUUAUCAAAUGCUGGAAUUGCGCCACUUUCCACCACCGGUUUUGCAUUGCAAAAGGGUGAGAAAAGAACAAUCGAUGCGCCGUCUGCAUGGGGCGGCCGGUUAUGGGGUAGGACUCUCUGCAGCGAGGACUCCACCGGCAAAUUCUCCUGCAUCACAGGUGAUUGUGGCUCCGGAAAAAUGGAAUGUGUCGGGGGUGCAACUCCGCCCGCAACGCUGGCGGAGUUCACGCUCGAUGGUUCAGGCGGAAUGGACUUCUACGAUGUCAGCCUGGUCGACGGUUACAACGUUGCGAUGCUAGUGGUACCAUUGGGCGGUUCCGGAGCCAACUGCACGACUACUGGAUGUUUGGUGGAUUUGAACGGGGCGUGUCCGUCGGAGCUCAGAGUGACGAGCAGUGACGGCGAGAACGUCGCUUGCAAGAGCGCCUGCGAGGCAUUCGGGCAAGAGCAGUACUGUUGCAGCGGCGCGUACGGCACACCCGACACUUGCACUCCCUCGUCCUACUCACAGGUUUUUAAGAGCGCGUGCCCACGCGCAUACAGUUACGCAUAUGACGAUAAGACAAGCACGUUCACAUGUUCCGGCGCCGAUUAUAUCAUAACGUUCUGUCCGGCGCCAAACACGAGUGAAAAGAAAUCGAGCGGACAAACUCCGGGAUAUGAAGAGAGCAAUGGCACGAUGGUAUACGAAGGAGCAUUGGAUGUGAGCGGUGCACGACCAUCAUGUACUCAGCCACUGGCCUUGGCCGGAGCCGUUGCUAUCCUGGCGGCAAUGUGCCGACGUCGGCUCUUCUAA